AUGCAGAUGAAGCAGGUCCUCGCUCUGGCUUUGGCCCUCGCCUCCGCUGAGGCUACUUACACCGGUUUCAACUACGGUGCUACCAACGACGAUGGCAGCACUCGUGUUAAGGCCGACUAUGUCUCUCAGUUCCAGAACGCUAAGAACCUCAAGGGUGUCUCCGACUUCAACAGUGCCCGUCUGUACACUAUGAUCCAGGGUGGAUCUACAACCACCCCCAUCGAGGCUAUUGAGGCCGCCAUUCAGGAGCAGACUACCCUUCUUCUGGGUCUCUGGACCUCCGGUGGCAACAUCGACAACGAGAUCUCCGCUCUCACCAACGCUAUCAACACCUACGGCGACUCUUUCACCAACCUCGUCGUCGGUAUCUCCGUCGGUAGUGAGGAUCUCUACCGCAACUCAGUCACCGGCGCCGAGAGUGAUGCUGGUGUUGGUAUGAACCCCGACGACCUGGUUACUUGCAUCAAGUCCGUCAAGUCUGCCAUCUCCGGCACCAGCCUCAGCGAUGCUACUAUCGGUCACGUCGACACCUGGAACGCCUGGACUAACACCUCCAACGCUGCUGUCAUUGAUGAGGUCGACUGGCUCGGCUUCGACACCUACCCCUUCUACCAGACCACCGAUGACAACUCCAUCGACAACGCCAAGAACCUCUUCGAUGAGGCUGUUGAGAAGACCAAGGGUGUCGCUAACGGAAAGGAGGUCUGGGUUACUGAGACCGGCUGGCCUGUCAGCGGUGACGACGAGGCUUCUGCCCACCCCUCCGUUGCCAACGCCAAGAAGUUCUGGGACCAGGUUGGCUGCUCUCUCUUCGGAUCCGUCAACACUUGGUGGUACAUCAUGCAGGAUUACGGUGCCAGCCCUAGCUUCGGUAUCGUCGGCGAGACCCUGAGCACCACCCCUCUCUUUGAUCUUACCUGCUCCAACUCCUCUUCCAGCACCACCACAAGCUCUUCCGCCACUGCCUCCUCCACUGGCUCCGGCUCUAACAAGGGCUCUGGCUCUGGUUCUGGUUCUGGUUCCGGUUCCGGCUCUGGUUCCAGCUCCGACUCCACCUCCACUGGCUCCAACGCCUCUAGCACCCCUGCCUCUUCCUCCGGCCACCGUGCUACCUCUACUGGCUUCCGCUCUAGCACUCCCCUUGUGACCGCCACUGCUACUGGCUCUGGCUCCGGCUCUUCCAGCACUGGCUCUAGUGGCUCCGGCUCCGGCUCCGGUUCCGGCUCUGGUUCUGGUUCCGGUUCCGGUUCCGGUUCCAGCACCAGCGGCUCUGCCUCUGCCUCCGCCAGUGCCUUCAACACCGCCAGUCGUCCCUCCGGCUCCAUCUUCGGUGCUGUCGUCGCUGCCCUCGCCCUCGCGAUCGCUGUUUAA